AUGGACAAAGCCGCGUGGAAGUUGGCUCCAGCACCACGGGCACAGAGAGCUCCUCUCUUCUCUCUCUCCAGGCUGGUCUGGGAGUUCGUGGCCCAGAACAACACCGUGCAAAUCAAACAUGUGAUCCAGACCCUGUCUCAGGAGUUUGCCCUGUCUCAGCACCCCCACAGCAGGAAAGGGGGCCUCAUCGGCCUGGCCGCCUGCUCCAUCGCACUGGGCAAGGACUCGGGGCUCUACCUGAAGGAGCUGAUCGAGCCGGUGCUGACCUGCUUCAAUGACGCUGACAGCAGGCUGCGCUACUACGCCUGCGAGGCCCUCUACAACAUCGUCAAGGUGGCCCGCGGCGCCGUGCUGCCCCACUUCAACGUGCUCUUUGAUGGGCUGAGCAAGUUGGCUGCUGACCUAGACCCCAAUGUGAAAAGCGGAUCUGAGCUCCUGGACCGCCUCUUAAAGGCUGUGAGAGCAUGGAUGCUCUGGGGGCCUCUCCUGCCUGGCUCAGGCUCUGCCAUCUUCCCCCGCAGCACCUAGCCCCUGGCCCCAAGCAGCUCACAUGCCUUUGACCCACAGAACAUCGAGACAGAAAGCAACGGUUCAACCUGCUGAGCUUCAUCCCUUUGUUGUGGGAGAGGAUUUACUCCAACAGCCAGUACGCCCAGCAGUUCAUCAUCUCCUGGAUCCGUGUGCUUCCCGCUUUGAGGAGCUAAGAGCUCGUCUACCCCAGCCUCUGAGGAGCACUCAUCUGACAAGUGUAUCCCAUCAAGUGUGGUCCCCCUCUGGGUGGAUGACCCAGAGCAGAAGUGGCACUGGUGGAGGCUCCUCCAGCCCUGGCUGGCGUGUGCUGUCUCCCUUCCCCUCUGCUCAUUGGUAGGUGUCAGGUGGUCCUUGGAGAAUUCUUGAAAGAAAUUAAGAAGAACCCCUCCUCCAGUGUUAAGUUUGCCGAGAUGGCCAGCAUCCUGGUGAUCCACUGCCAGACCACGGGUGAGUGUGUCAAGGCCCCAAGGCCACCCCCC